CCUGCAUCAGCCUCCCAGAGUGCUGGGAUUACAAGCAUGAGCCACCACGCCCGGUGUAGUCCAACUUACUUCUGCUCCUCCUUUGUCCUAUUUCCUCAUCUCCCAUCAAAGGAAACCACUGUCCUAAACUUUAUAUUUAUCAUUUUCUUUUGUUUUAUCACACAUUUUUAUUUUUUAUUAUAAUACAAGUCUUAAAUUCUUUAUUGGUGAACCCUACCUCAUAGGAUUGUUUUGAAAUUAAAUGAGAAAAAAAUAUGUAAGAAGUUUUACACAGUACCUGGCUCCCCAGAAUGCUCAAUGAAUGCUAGUUGUAAUUGUGUUAUUAAUGUUGUUAUUUUGCUGAGAGAGAGCAAGAAAAACAUAUCUUUUCUCAGCUGUUUUCUCUCUGCUCUCUUCUGGGGGAAAGUGAGGAAGUAUGGGUUUUGAGAUCUUUUCAUGUCUUCCCGGAACCAGCAAUAACAGAAUGAAGGAGGAGAGUCUGGGAUUUGGGAGAUCAGUAGUUAGGGCACAGAGUGCCCAACUGAGAAGAAUAAAAAAUAAGUUGUACUAUUAAGUUACCGAUUUUUUUCUUCUCUCUCACUGUCCUUCAUCUCAGGAUAGAAUUUCUGUCUCCUCUGAGCUUGAUGCAUUAUAGUGAAAUUCUUCCACCUUCUUAUAGACAGUGUUGAAGAAUAAAGGGUUGAAUUAACCCCAAAAUAAUCAGUGACAUAAAUAGAUCAAUCAGAGUUUCCAGAAUGACCAAGCGAACAAACCAGCCAGUCAGCUGAUUUUUACAUUGUUUGCCAUUCUACCCAACUUUGGGAAGCAUUAUUUUCUUUUCAGUCUGAAAAUCAUGAUUUCAUUCCGUCAUUUCCUCCUUCCAGUUGCCGUAGGUUUUGAGCAAUUGUACCAACAUAAGACUAAUUCUUGAUUUUCUGAGCCUGCUUCUCUUUUUGCCUAACUUCUUUUCUCACACAUUUAUAUUAACAACUUGCAUUAAUAGUUAUUAUAUCACACACUCUAAUUCUAUUGCAUGGGUACUUAAGCAGUAUGCUUAUAUUGGGAUUUUGGUCAACUAAAAUUCAUAAUGAAGCAUAUGUGAAUUGAUUACACAUAUUGCACAAAUUAUUAGCAUUAAUAGAAAAAAUAUAUGAGAAACAAUCACCCUCAUCUUGGCACACUGAGGAAAGAAUUCCUCAGAAAACAAAAGUAAAAUCACAUCUACAUUAAAUUAAAAAAAAAAAGCAAAGAGAGUGAGCCCAUGUAAGAGCAGUUUUUACCAGCUGUUACAUUAAUCUUUAUUAAAUUUCACCUUAUUCCUUUUGGCAGAUAUUCUAGUCUUUCGUUAUUUGUUAUGCAUUAUGACACAGUAUACCCCUCUUAAGCCCAUUAUUUGCAAAUUCAAUAUCUUUGUUCAAAUUAUUGGUAUAAUAACCAUCUUCCUCCAGGUUGAACCUAUACAUUUUUGGGAGCUGUUGCUUAGAAAUCAUCUAUUUUAUAAAGUUAUAUUUCCUCAUCUUGGUCACAAAAACAUUUAACGAUUUUUACCACAUAUUUUAUUAAAUCUAGGGUAAUUAUGCCUGCAGCAUUUUCCUGAUCCUCCAGUACAAGAGCUUUAACAAAUUAGUUUGCAGCUUGGCCUUCUUCAUAAUUUUGCUUUUCAUAUAGAAGCUAUUUGAAGAGAUAUUUUUGUCCGUGUAGUUUAUCAGGAACAUUGUUAGAUACCCUGCUUGCUCUUUUGUAAAUCUCACUCAUGUUUGUUCUAUUUCUCUUCUCUCUCCCUUUUCUAAAAAACACUUUUAUUGACAUAUAAUUUACAUACCAUAAAGUUCACCCACUUAAAUGACACGAUUCAGUGGUUAUUAGUAUAUACAGAGUUCUGUAACCACAACUGUUAACUAAUUUCAGAACAUUUUUAUCAUUCCCCAAAGAAAUCUUAUACCUAUUCUCUCUUCCUCUCCUUAAUCUAAAAGUAAUUUUGCUUUUGUUUUUAAUGAAGUCUUUCCUCAGAAGCACCUUUUACAUUGUGGAUUUCCUAUUCUCUUUCUUCAUAUUCUGUGUUUGUAAACUUAGAGUUUUCACUCCGCCCUUCUAUCUGAACUGAUUUAAAAGACAGCAAAAGAAACAUAGAUAUUGUGGCAUACAUGAAAUAUCUGGCACUUAUUUAGGACUGUCUAGCAUUUUCAUAGAUUUAAAGUACCUGUGCUCUUAUUCAGGAGCUCCUUCCUUGGCUAAUAGAGACUGUAAAAGCAUUUAAUUUAGAUGGAAUUUAGGACCAAAUAACAAUAGCAUUAAUAAGCAUAAUUUAUAUUCCCUUUAAUCUUUAGGUAUCUGAUGGGAAGCAGAUUUAAGAGAAAGGCUAGUGUAUGAGAUCAAGUUGUACAGUUAUAGCUUGGAGGGAAUAUCUUUAAACUAUUGGGGUAAAAGAAGAGUUUAAAUGAAGAUUUAAGUCUUAGGUUAUUUAAAAUUGCAAAACCAACCCAGUUCUGUCUGAAAUAAAAGCCUGUGCUGGUAUCAGCUGUAUUAACUGCCACUUCCUUUGGAUAGGUAAGAUAAAACUUCUGGCAGGACUUUUUAAGUUUCCUGACACUUGAGUCAUUUAAUCAGAAUACACCUUUGAUGAGAAAAUCCAUGCUCCCUAUACCUUCCACUUGACCUUGUAUUUUACUUGUGUUUUUGGGGGCAGAAUUUGGAGAGGGCUAGAAUGUAACACGUUCUGUUUUUAGUUACUUUCCAAUGUACUGUUUAGUAAUAGUGCUUUUAUACCUCUAAUAGAGACUCAACUUUUUACCCUUCUUUGGGAAAGGUAGAGUGUUUCAGUCUACAGAUUUUGUUUUGAUUUGAUUCAUUGAUUUUAAUAAUUGGAGAAGUAAAGAAACAGUACUAACUGGCGAAGUGCUUUUAGUGACUGGUUUAUUACUAGUAAAAGUUUUUUUCCGUGAUAUAAAUCGUAAAUGUAUUUUGGUAGAUCCCUUUAUCUUAGCUAUGUUUUAUUUUCAAAUUUCCUUUUUUGUUUGGACAGAAAUCUUUUAUAUCUAAGGAACUCUUGUUUUCAACAUGGGUUGAGAAAGACAAUUGUAUUAAAAAUGAAUAUUUGGUGAUAAUGGUAUUUCUGUUUUAAUUAGGUUCUACCUAUCUCCAUUCCCCCAUAUUGUUCAGAAGAUGGAAGUACUUUUCUUAAGACUUUUGGCAACAUUUUAACAAGCUGAAAAUUUUCAGUCAGAGUAUAUCAUAUUCAGACAGAUGCCAAAUUUGCCAGAUGCUCUGAGGAUGAACAUUUCAAGUGUUAGAAUCUGUCUAUGAUCUUCUCCCAAAGGAGUUACAGUUACCUCCAUCUAGAGAAACAUCUGUAGCAUCAAUGAGUCAGACAAGUGGUGGUGAGGCAGGCUCGCCUCCUCCAGCUGUAGUUGCUGCUGAUGCUUCUUCAGCUCCCUCCUCUUCCUCCAUGGGCGGUGCUUGCAGCUCCUUUACCACCUCUUCCAGCCCUACCAUUUAUUCUACCUCAGUCACCGACAGCAAGGCUAUGCAAGUGGAGAGCUGCUCCUCAGCCGUGGGGGUAAGUAACAGAGGGGUAAGUGAAAAGCAGUUAACCAGUAACACAGUCCAGCAGCAUCCAUCAACACCGAAGAGGCACACAGUCUUGUACAUCUCACCACCACCUGAGGACUUGCUGGAUAACAGUCGGAUGUCCUGCCAGGAUGAGGGGUGUGGAUUGGAAUCUGAGCAGAGCUGCAGUAUGUGGAUGGAGGAUUCCCCCUCCAACUUCAGUAACAUGAGCACCAGUUCCUACAAUGAUAACACUGAGGUACCUCGUAAAUCACGAAAACGAAAUCCAAAGCAGAGGCCGGGGGUCAAACGACGAGAUUGUGAAGAAUCUAAUAUGGAUAUAUUUGAUGCCGACAGUGCCAAAGCACCUCACUAUGUGCUUUCUCAGCUUACUACGGACAACAAAGGCAACUCAAAAGCAGGAAAUGGAACAUUGGAAAACCAAAAAGGAACUGGAGUAAAGAAGAGCCCUAUGUUGUGUGGACAAUAUCCUGUAAAAAGUGAGGGAAAGGAGCUGAAGAUAGUUGUACAACCUGAGACCCAGCACCGAGCUCGGUACCUGACUGAGGGCAGCCGUGGCUCAGUAAAAGAUAGAACACAGCAAGGCUUUCCUACAGUAAAGCUGGAAGGCCAUAAUGAACCAGUAGUAUUGCAAGUGUUUGUGGGCAAUGACUCUGGUCGAGUAAAACCACAUGGAUUUUAUCAGGCCUGCAGAGUAACUGGACGAAAUACAACUCCUUGCAAAGAAGUAGACAUUGAAGGCACCACUGUUAUCGAAGUUGGCCUUGAUCCUAGCAACAACAUGACACUGGCGGUGGACUGCGUAGGGAUAUUAAAACUGAGGAAUGCUGAUGUGGAAGCCAGAAUAGGAAUUGCUGGUUCCAAGAAAAAAAGCACUCGUGCCAGAUUGGUUUUCCGAGUUAAUAUCAUGAGGAAAGAUGGCUCCACUUUGACACUGCAAACACCCUCUUCUCCAAUUUUGUGUACUCAGCCAGCAGGAGUGCCAGAGAUCUUAAAGAAAAGCUUGCAUAGCUGCUCGGUGAAAGGAGAAGAGGAAGUGUUUUUAAUUGGCAAAAAUUUUCUGAAAGGAACUAAAGUUAUUUUCCAAGAAAAUGUUUCUGAUGAAAACUCUUGGAAGUCAGAAGCUGAAAUCGACAUGGAAUUAUUUCAUCAGAAUCAUCUUAUCGUGAAGGUUCCCCCCUAUCAUGACCAACAUAUAACUUUGCCUGUAUCAGUGGGAAUAUAUGUUGUGACUAAUGCUGGAAGAUCUCAUGAUGUUCAGCCAUUCACUUAUACUCCAGACCCAGCAGUAGCUGGUACUUUGAAUGUAAAUGUGAAGAAGGAAAUAACUAGUCCAGCAAGACCUUGCUCUUUUGAAGAGGCCUUGAAAGGUACCAAUUUGAUUCUUCUUAAAAAUUCUGUGAAAACUACUGGAUGUAACUUAGAUAAGGUAAAUAUCCUUCCUAAUGCCCUGAUUACUCCACUCAUACCAAGCAGUAUGAUUAAGAGUGAAGAUGUUACUCCAAUGGAAGUAACAGCAGAAAAAAGAUCUUCCCCUAUUUUUAAGACUACAAAGGCAGUUGGAUCAACUCAGCAAACACUAGAAAAUAUCUCUAACAUAGCAGGAAAUGGUUCUUUUUCAUCACCAUCAUCUUCCCACUUACCUUCUGAAAAUGAAAAGCAGCAGCAGAUGCAGCCCAAGGUGUACAACCCAGAGACCCUGACAACUAUCCAAACACAAGACAUCUCACAGCCUGGUACCUUUCCAGCAGUUUCUGCUUCUAGUCAGCUGCCCAAUAGUGAUGCACUGCUGCAGCAGGCUACGCAAUUCCAGACCAGAGAAUCUCAAUCUAGAGAGGUAUUACAGUCAGAUGGCACAGUGGUUAAUUUGUCACAACUGACUGAGGCGUCACAGCAACAGCAGCAGUCACCACUACAAGAACAAGCACAGACUUUGCAGCAGCAGAUUUCAUCAAAUAUUUUUCCAUCACCAAAUAGUGUGAGUCAGCUACAGAAUACUAUUCAGCAGUUGCAAGCAGGAAGCUUUACAGGCAGUACUGCUAGUGGCAGCAGUGGGAGUGUUGACUUGGUCCAACAAGUUUUAGAGGCACAACAACAGUUAUCUUCAGUUUUAUUUUCUGCUCCAGAUGGUAAUGAAAAUGUUCAAGAACAGCUUAGCGCAGACAUUUUUCAACAAGUUAGUCAAAUUCAAAAUAGUGUAAGCCCUGGAAUGUUUUCCUCAACAGAGCCCCCAGUCCAUACCAGACCAGAUAAUUUAAUACCUGGAAGAGCUGAAAGUGUUCAUCCACAGACUGAAAACUCAUUGUCUAAUCAACAACAGCAACAGCAGCAACAGCAAGUGAUGGAAUCAUCAGCUGCAAUGGUGAUGGAGAUGCAGCAGAGUAUCUGCCAGGCUGCUGCCCAGAUUCAGUCAGAGUUAUUUCCUUCAUCUGCUUCAGCAAAUGGAAACCUUCAACAAUCACCAGUUUACCAGCAGACUUCUCACAUGAUGAGUGCAUUAUCUACCAAUGAAGACAUGCAAAUGCAAUGUGAAUUGUUUUCUUCUCCUCCUGCAGUUUCUGGAAAUGAAACCUCUACAACCACCACACAGCAGGUUGCGACCCCUGGGACUACUAUGUUUCAGACAUCAAGUUCAGGAGAUGGAGAAGAAACUGGAGCACAAGCAAAACAGAUUCAGAACAGUGUCUUUCAGACCAUGGUCCAGAUGCAACAUAGUGGGGACAGUCAACCUCAAGUUAACCUUUUUUCAUCUACAAAAAGUAUGAUGAGUGUUCAGAAUAAUAGUACCCAGCAACAAGGCAAUGGUUUAUUCCAGCAAGGUAAUGAGAUGAUGUCACUUCAAUCUGGCAAUUUUUUGCAACAGUCUUCUCAUUCACAAGCUCAACUUUUUCAUCCUCAAAAUCCCAUUGCUGAUGCUCAGAACCUUUCCCAGGAAACACAGGGUUCUAUUUUUCAUAGUCCUAAUCCUAUUGUCCACAGUCAGACUUCUACAACCUCCUCUGAACAAAUGCAGCCUCCAAUGUUUCACUCUCAAAGUACCAUUGCUGUGUUACAGGGCUCUUCAGUUCCUCAAGACCAGCAGUCAACCAACAUAUUUCUUUCCCAGAGUCCUAUGAAUAAUCUUCAGACUAAUACAGUGGCCCAAGAAGAACAGAUUUCAUUUUUUGCAUCACAGAACUCAAUUUCUCCACUUCAGUCAACAUCAAACCCUGAACAGCAAGCUGCUUUCCAGCAGCAAGCUCCAAUAUCACAUAUCCAGACCCCUAUGCUUUCCCAAGAACAAGCACAACCCUCCCAGCAAGGUUUAUUUCAGCCUCAGGUGUCCCUGGGCUCCCUUCCACCUAAUCCAAUUCCUCAAAACCAACAAGGAACAAUUUUCCAGUCACAGCACUCAAUGGUUGCUAUGCAGAGUAACUCUCCAUCCCAGGAGCAGCAACAACAGCAACAACAGCAGCAGCAGCAGCAACAGCAGCAACAGCAGCAACAUCAGCAGAGCAUUUUAUUUAGUAAUCAGAAUACCAUGGCUACAAUGGCAUCUCAGAAGCAACCACCACCAAACAUGAUAUUCAACCCAAAUCAAAAUCCAAUGGCUAAUCAGGAGCAACAGAACCAGUCAAUUUUUCACCAACAAAGUAAUAUGGCCCCAAUGAAUCAAGAGCAGCAGCCCAUGCAAUUUCAGAAUCAGUCCACAGUUUCCUCACUUCAGAACCCAGGCCCUACCCAGUCUGAAUCAUCACAGACAUCCUUGUUCCAUAGCUCUCCUCAGAUUCAGUUGGUACAAGGGUCACCUAAUUCUCAAGAUCAACAAGUAACACUCUUCCUCUCUCCAGCGUCAAUGUCUGCAUUGCAGACCAGUAUAAACCAACAAGACAUGCAACAGUCUCCUCUUUAUUCCCCUCAGAACAACAUGCCAGGAAUCCAAGGAGCCACAUCUUCACCUCAAUCACAGGCUACUUUGUUUCACAACACUGCAGGAGGCACAAUGAAUCAACUACAGAAUUCUCCAGGCUCAUCUCAGCAGACUUCAGGAAUGUUCUUAUUUGGCAUUCAAAAUAACUGUAGUCAGCUUUUAACCUCUGGACCAGCUACCUUGCCAGAUCAGUUGAUGGCCAUAAGUCAACAAGGCCAACCACAAAAUGAGGGCCAGGCACCUGUGACAACACUUCUUUCUCAGCAAAUGUCAGAGAAUUCUCCACUGGCAUCCUCUAUAAAUACCAACCAGAAUAUCGAAAAGAUUGAUUUACUUGUUUCAUUGCAAAACCAAGGGAACAACUUGACUGGUUCCUUUUAACUGAAUAUAAAUUCCAUGAAGAAAAUCCUGAUUCCAAGAUGUCCUGAGAUCUUAUGGUUCCAUGAGGAUUACUGAACUGUUACUUUAAAAACAAAAUAUGAAAAACUGUAUUUGAGUAAAUGGAUAGAUUUUACUCUGACUGCAAAAGAGCACACCUAUGCUGUCUGUUGCAGUGAUUAGCCAUCAGUGAUAAUAUAUUCAUAUUUUAUCUUCCUAAUAACAGUGAUGACUGAGAACCAAUUUGAGUUUCCAGCUGACAUAAUUAAUUGUUGCUAUUUUCCUAGGAGUUAUUUCUUUAAAAGUAAAGUUUAAUUUCAAGGCUGGACCACUCAGUUAUUAUUGCUAUUAGAAAAUAAUAUUUGUCAUGUUUACUUUUGUUCUUCAUUUUUUUCUGCAUUGUUUUAGUCAAGCAAUGGCUUUUGAAAAUGCAAAAUUCAGUAAUACCUAAGGCUGUGAUUUUUUUCAAUAUAAAAAAACACAGCUGUUAGCCAAAGUGAAGGAAUCUUUUUUCAGUUUUUAUGGAGAAACCGAAGGGGUAACUUUCUGAGAAAUGAGCUGUCUUAAGAACUCCAUGCAGAUAAGAGGACUUUUGAUUUAACACAAAGGCAGACAACACAUAAAACUAGGGACAGCUGGAAUGCUAUUGAUUUUAUUUUUCAGAGAGUUGUUAAUUCUCUGUGUUUCUACUAAGGGGUUUAGCCAUAACUGUGCAUAGAAAAAUACUUAUCUUGCUCUAUAAAAAAUGAAGGGGAUAAUAUAUGGUGAAUUAUGUUCUGAUAUCCUACAGUAAUUUAAAACUGACAGAAUGAUUUGAGUCUGUUUUCUUCUUAAUCCAGUCUUAGGCUGGUAUUCCCUUUUUAUAUGCAUCCAUAUUAUUUUCCACCUCUUUUCCACUUUAUUUUAGACAAGUAUUAAUAUACUACUGGCUUUGUGACCCUGUAGCAACUUAAAGGAAAAGGCCAUUUUAGGGUGACCAAGCAAUCCUGCAGCACAGGACAGGAAGUACUCUUUUGGGAAUUAUUGGGAGUUGAUUCCUGAGAAACAAUGUAUUUUUCCCCAUGAACGGUGCUGUUCUGAGGUCUUCAAAUUUUUCCCUCUAAUUAGAGAACAGUGUAAAUUUUAAUUGGGAAGAAAAAAAAAAGAGACAAACUAAAAUUUCUUGAAACAUCACUUCUCCCUGAGCUGCAGUGAGUAUAAAUUCACUUGUCACCUCAGUGCUUUACUUGGUCACUUACCUGAUGAUUUCCACAAGCCUUAGGCUUUACAGGGUCAUAUAAUUGACUUAAAAUGAAGAAUUAACUGUGUUACAUCUAUACAGAGCAAAAUAACACACUCCAGAACUUGCAGUUGUAGCAUUAGUUAUACAAUUUGGGUGUUCUUGCCACCCAUGGGAUGCCUGCUUCUCACUACCACCUGUGUCUGGACAUGUGCUUAUGUCUCAUCUUCCUUUUGGCAUGUGGAGAGCUGUCAAUGCAAUAUAAGGCCAACAUGUAUGUGACUUCAAUGUGUUGUAUAAUGUUUUGGUGUUCUUGUCUGUUUCAUUUAUUUGUUAAGUGUACAAAAAAUAGCCUGUUAAUUGUUGUUGAAGGCUACUUUUCUGUUCAAUUUUUUUUUCUAUCCUAUACAUUUAGUUGAACUGUGUGGAAUUGUGGUGUUGGUUUUGUUUAUACAGCCAGAUUUUUCCCUCUUUUUGUGAUGGUCUUUGUUCUUUGAAUGUGCUCUUCUAAUUUGUUUUUUUCUUUCUUAUGUAUACUUCCCUCCACCCCGACCCUUUCUUUCUUUCUCUCUCUGAUUGAGAGGCAUUGAAUUACGUUUUCAGUAGUACAGGCUUCUUGCCGAUAUGAAGGGAACUUUUCAGAAAGAGACCUACUCUGGGUCAUUUAAUUUUGAAUACAGUUUUCAAUCGUUCAAGUUUUGGAUGGUUUAUAUCUAAUGUGUGUUUCAUUUUUUUGGAAAGCUAUAUUUUGUAUUUAGGAAAUGGUAUACUAUUUUGCUAUUUGUACUGAGUGAGUACAUUGGCAUAAAUAUAGAAAUUUAUAUAUAUACAUAUAUAUAAACUAUUCUUUUUUGCCACACAUUUUUGUGGUAAAUUUGUGAGUUUGUCUGAUGUUCUACCACAACGUGGCGUCUGAUAACAGUGAGGGGGGGUUUGUUAUGUCUUUAUUGAGUAUUUAAGUAUCUUUUGAAACAAAUGACCUGUUCAUCUGUGGCCAUUCCAUCAGGCAGUUCCUUGGUGUUAUUAGUGGGCUAAAGGCAGCUUACUGUGUGUUUGCUGGAUCUUUCCCUCAGCAAAAUGUUAGAGUAAGGAAACCCAUUGAGGCAUUUGUGUCAAAUGGUGUUUCACAAGAAUGAGCCAUUCAGUCUUUGCUCACUAUAUAUUUAAUAUUUUAUUGUUGUUGUUAUUAAUUGGCUUUCUGUAUCCUAUGCCUUUUAUUUAUAAAGACACUAAAAAAAACCCAUGUUUGUAAUUUUAAUAACAUUUUCCCCAUCUUGUAAUAUCCAGAGCUACUUUAUAAAUUCUUUGAACCAAAA